AUGGCGGACGCUGCCGGCGCCCACGUCGUCACUCCCGGCGAAGUCAUCACCAGCGAUACAGCCUUCAUGAGAGGCCACGGCACCUAUCUCGUCGAUGGCGAGAGGCUGAUUUCAUCGGUUGCCGGAGUCGUCGAGCGGGUCAACAAGCUCAUUUCGGUGAAGCCGUUGCGCACGAGAUACAACGGCGAGAUCGGCGACGUUGUCGUUGGACGGAUUACGGAACUAGGCCAGAAGCGAUGGAAGGUUGACAUCCGCGCUCGGCAGGAUGCCGUGCUGCUGCUGUCCUCGGUGAACCUCCCUGGAGGCGUCCAGCGCCGUAAAUCCGAGUCUGAUGAGCUCCAGAUGCGGUCCUUCUUUGCUGAAGGCGAUCUCGUUAGUGCCGAGGUGCAGCAGUUUUUCCAAGACGGAGGCGCCUCACUUCACACCCGCAGCAUGAAAUAUGGAAAGCUGCGAAGUGGGUCGUUGGUGCAAGUCCCAGCGGCACUGAUCAAGCGAUCCAAGUCUCACUUUGUUUCCCUGGCCGGGGGCGUCGACGUCGUCCUCGGAGUGAAUGGGCUCAUUUGGGUCUGCAAACACUCGGGCAUGACUCCCGAGAUGGCCAACCAGCCGGAUGCGCUCUAUCACAAUGAGAAUGAGGACAUAUCCGAGUCUCUGCGCGAGGCCAUCGCUAGAGUCUGCAACUGCAUUACUGCGAUCAGCAACGCCUGCGUCUCGAUCAACGAUACCAUGAUUGUGUACACAUACGAGGCAUCGAUGAAGUACUCCGUCAAGGAUCUGCUGAAAUCCGAUAUCCAGUCGCAGAUCGUCACCGAGGCCAGCGCCCUGGUCGAGCAGAUCAAGAACUAG